AUGAAUGCAGUAUUACGUCGGACAGCACCUCGUUUGUCAUCUCGGGCUAUACUUCCAAGUCGAUAUAUCGGAUUAAGAAGGUUUUCAGCAAUUCCCGAGUCAUCUCCCAAUCAUAUAAACCUUUCAGAAGCAUCAUUUUUGGCCAGGUCGUCAAGAACUGCGUUAUCGAACACCGAACUGUCAGAUUUGGCUAAAAAUGGCGCGUCUAAAUCGAUGAACUUGUAUCAGUCAGUGAAUGAUGCACUGAGAAUUGCAUUAGAAACAGAUGAUACCGCUGUUCUCCUUGGUGAGGAUGUUGCAUUUGGUGGUGUUUUCAGGUGUUCUAUGGGACUUCAAGAACAAUUUGGCUCUCAGCGAGUCUUUAAUACACCAUUAUCAGAGCAAGGUUUAGUGGGAUUUGCCAUCGGAUAUGCCGCCAUGAACCAGACUGCUAUUGCUGAAAUCCAGUUUGCUGAUUAUGUGUUUCCUGCAUUUGAUCAGAUAGUUAAUGAAGCCGCAAAGUACCGUUAUAGAUCUAAUACCUUCAACUGUGGUGGAUUAACUAUUCGCAUGCCAUGUGGUGGUGUUGGCCAUGGAGCUAUGUAUCACUCUCAGAGUGGAGAGGCCUUUUUUUCACAUUGUCCUGGUCUUAAGGUAGUGAUUCCUAGAUCUCCAUUACAAGCAAAGGGUCUGUUAUUAGCGAGUAUUAGAGAUCCAAACCCCGUUAUUUUUAUGGAACCAAAGAUUUUAUACCGUGCUAGUGUUGAGCAUGUGCCUUUGGAAGACUAUGAACUACCUUUAGGGAAGGCCGAGAUUAUAAGGCCAGGAUCUGACGUCACGUUGAUUGGAUACGGUACUCAAUUGUACCACAUGCAGGCCGCUGCUGACCUUGCUAAAGAGAAGCUUGGUGGUGUCUCGUGUGAAAUUAUAGAUCUCCGUACCAUUGUGCCAUGGGAUAGACAAACAGUGUUUGACAGUGUAAACAAAACUGGUCGAGUAGUAAUCUGCCACGAGGCGGCUAGAUCUAACGGUGUGGGUGCUGAACUGGCAGCUGAAAUCCAAGAAAACUGCUUCCUCCGACUUGAAUCUCCUAUCCAACGAGUAACUGGCUGGGACACCCAUGUUGCACUCUCUUUCGAGUCGUUUCAACUACCUGAUGUGACUCGAACUUUCCACGCCAUCAAAAAGUCUCUCAAUUUCUAA